UCGGUGUUUCUCUAGAAGUUUCCCCCUAGGGCGGCCCCGGUGCUCAGCCGCAGCUACAGCAACUGCAGGUCCGGCUUGGGCACAGCUGGAAGGCAGGUCGAGGGAUGGCCAUGGCAGCUGCAGCAGGACCUGCCACAGCCCCCAGGCUCUUCCGAAGCUUCUCGGACGCGCGCAUCGACGAGGACCCGCAGGCGGCACUGGAGGAGCUGACUAAGGCUUUGGAACAGAAACCAGAUGAUGAUCAAUAUUAUUGUCAAAGAGCUUAUUGUUACAUUCUUCUUGGAAAAUACUGUGAUGCCAUUAUUGAUGCAAAAAAAUCUCUUGAACUUAAUCCAAAUAAUGCCUCUGCUCUGCUGAGAAAAGGGAUUUGUGAAUACCAUGAAAAAAACUAUGCUGCUGCUCUAGAAACUUUCUCAGAAGGACAAAAAUUAGAUAGUGCAGAUACUGAUUUUAUUGUUUGGAUUAAAAGGUGUCAGGAAGCUCAGAAUGGAUCACAAUCUGAGGUGUCUGCACCCCAGCAGACUCACCAGUCAAAAAUCAAGUAUGAUUGGUAUCAAACAGAUUCUCAAGUAAUCAUAACACUUAUGAUCAAGAAUGUUCAGAAGAAUGAUGUAAACGUGGAAUUUUCAGAAAGAGAGUUGUCUGCUUUGGUGAAGCUGCCUUCUGGAGAGGAUUACAAUUUGAAACUGACAUUACUUCAUCCUAUAGUUCCAGAACAUAGCACAUUUAGAGUACUUUCAACAAAGAUUGAAAUUAAAAUGAAAAAGCCAGAGGCUGUGAGAUGGGAAAAACUAGAGGGGCAAGGAGAAGUGCCUAAGCCGAAACAGUUCAUAGCAGAUGUAAAGAACCUAUAUCCAUCAUCAUCUCAUUAUACAAAAAAUUGGGAUAAAUUGGUUGGUGAGAUUAAAGAAGAAGAAAAAAAUGAGAAAUUGGAGGGGGAUGCUGCUCUAAACAAAUUAUUUCAGCAAAUCUAUUCAGAUGGUUCUGAUGAAGUGAAACGUGCCAUGAACAAAUCAUUUAUGGAGUCUGGUGGUACAGUUUUGAGUACCAACUGGUCUGAUGUAGGUAAAAGGAAAGUUGAAAUCAAUCCUCCUGAUGAUAUGGAAUGGAAAAAAUACUAAAUAAAUUAAUUUGAUAUCACUG